UAUCAGACAGGCAGCUGAGCGCGCAGGACCCCGCGCAGGCACGCGCACACGUGUUUGUCUACAGCCAUGGCGGACAUGCAGAUGAAGAUUCUGCGCAAAAAACUCAAUAAGAGAAGUGAGAAAAAUAAACAACGCACACUGCUCAAAAAUCAGAAAGAACAAAAAGAUAACGAUGAAGAGGUGAAGGCAGUGCUGGAGGAAUCUGAUGUGACCAAUGAAACUACACAAACAUCCACUGAAAAACCGCAACAGAGUUUAUCCACAGUUGAUCAUGAACCCUCACAAACCAUCAAGAAAAAGAAAACGAAAAGAAAAUUGGACAGUACAGAUUCAACACCAAGUGUAAAAAAGGUUAAAAAGCAGAAGGCAGGUAAACAUACAACAGAAGUGUCAGAAGAAGAAAAAGAAAUACCAGAAGAUGAAGAAGAAGGUGCAGAACCUGAAAAUUUGCCAGAAAAUGGAAAUGAAGAGGGUUCGGCCGAUGAAGAGGAAGAUGAUGAACUUCCAGAGCUUCCAUCUGGACUGACAGGAGCGUUUGAGGACACAUCAUUUGCAUCUUUGGCGGGCGUUGUGAGUGAAAAUACAUUGAAGGGAGUAAAAGAAAUGGGUUUUGAAGACAUGACAGAGAUCCAGCACAAGACCAUACGCCCCCUGCUGGAAGGAAGGGACGUGUUGGCAGCAGCCAAAACAGGCAGUGGUAAAACUCUGGCUUUCUUAAUUCCCUCCAUUGAGCUCAUCUACAAACUCAAAUUCAUGCCAAGGAAUGGAACUGGAGUGGUUAUUUUAUCACCUACCCGUGAGUUGGCCAUGCAGACGUAUGGUGUGCUGAAGGAAUUGAUGACCCAUCACGUGCACACUUACGGUCUCAUCAUGGGAGGAAGCAAUCGCUCGGCUGAAGCACAGAAGCUCUCUAAUGGAGUCAAUAUUUUGGUGGCUACACCUGGAAGACUUCUGGAUCACCUGCAGAACACACCUGCAUUUAUGUACAAGAACCUUCAGUGUCUGAUCAUUGAUGAAGCUGACAGGAUUUUGGAGGUGGGAUUCGAAGAGGAACUCAAACAGAUCAUCAAACUGCUGCCGAAAAAAAGGCAAACAAUGCUGUUUUCAGCAACACAGACACGUAAAGUGGAAGACCUUGCACGAAUCUCUCUUAAAAAGGAGCCGCUGUAUGUGGGAGUGGAUGACAAUAAAGAUACAGCCACCGUGGAAGGACUAGAACAAGGUUAUGUCGUAUGUCCUUCAGAGAAACGAUUCUUGCUACUCUUCACGUUUCUGAAGAAGAACCGCAAGAAGAAGCUCAUGGUGUUUUUCUCAUCCUGCAUGUCUGUAAAGUAUCACUAUGAACUGCUCAAUUACAUCGACCUGCCCGUCAUGGCCAUUCAUGGGAAGCAGAAACAGACAAAGAGAACCACCACAUUUUUCCAGUUCUGUAACGCAGACUCUGGGAUUCUUCUCUGUACUGAUGUCGCAGCCAGAGGUCUGGAUAUCCCAGAGGUGGACUGGAUUGUUCAGUAUGACCCACCUGAUGAUCCCAAGGAGUACAUCCAUCGUGUAGGACGAACGGCUCGUGGUAUUGAUGGCAGAGGACACGCCCUCCUGAUCUUGAGACCAGAGGAGCUUGGAUUCUUGCGAUUCCUCAGACAGGCUAAAGUUCCCCUGAGUGAGUUUGAGUUCUCCUGGAGUAAAAUCUCUGAUAUUCAGUCUCAGAUGGAGAAGCUGAUAGAGAAGAACUAUUACCUUCAUAAAUCAGCUCAGGAGGCCUACAAGUCCUAUGUCAGAGCUUACGACUCACAUUCCCUCAAACAGAUUUAUAACGUAGAGACGCUCGACCUUCCCAAGGUGGCAUUGUCGUUUGGGUUUAAAGUGCCGCCCUUUGUGGACCUCAAUGUCCACAGCAGUAAAGGAGUGAAGAUGAUGAAGAGAGGAGGUGGAGGAGGCUUCGGAUACCAGAAAUCUAAGAACGUUCACAAGGCCAAGAUCUUCAAACAUGUCAACAAAGGCAAAGGAGAUAGAAGGCAGUUUUCACGCUGAGAUGUUUUCCUGAGACACUUCUCUGAUCUUUGUGGAGUUGAUAUCAGGCUACAUUGUAAUAUUGUGUCACACGCCUUUGUUGGUCUGCAUUCCAUGUCUGUACAGAAAUCUUUUUUCAGAGGCCAUUAUACUGUUAUAUAAUAGUUUUUUUCUCUAUUAAACUUUUCGUGUUACUGGUCCAACUGAAAAUAAAACAUGGAAACAUC